UGGCACAUUCAUGAUCGUCUAUGUCCACGGUGCUGAAGGUGCCUGCAAAAGAAGACAAACACAUGAAGAACACAACAAGUCAACAGUGCAAGCGGUCCUUUUAGCCUUCAUUUCAGUCACAGCUCCUGAAUCUCGAGUCUCCAGCAGCUUUGGCCCAGAUGCUCCUCUGCCAGUCCUGGCCUUGAAUGGUGAUCUCAGCUUGAGUGGCACAGGGUGGAAGGCUGAGAACUCAUAUAGCCUAGCUAUUCUAGAAGUGGAAUCAUUAGCCCAAGAAACAUUAUAUUCAUUUGCUCAAUAUGUCGCAAAAGGAUCCAUGCCAGAAACAAGCCUGUGAAAUCCAGAAGUGUUUACAAGCCAACAACUACAUGGAAACAAAGUGUCAGGCUGCCAUAGAACAACUGCGCAAAUGCUGCGCCAAGUAUCCCAAGGGAACAUCCCUUGUCUGUUCAGGAUUCGAGAAAGAGGAAGAGGAAAACAAGGCACUGAGAUCCGAAUCCAAGUAAGGCUCUGUUGAGCAGUUCGGUGCUGCCAGGUUUCAACCAAGCACAUUUUGUUUCUGUUCCAGGCCAGGUAGCAGCAAAAUGCAAAUGAGGAUGUCAACUGUAAGGGCUGAUGUAUAUCCACCAAUGCAGGACAGAACGUUAAAUAUACUAAAACCCAGUAGAUAGAAUGGAAUAAAACUGAGCUGCUAACGUAAACCUGUCUUAUGGG